CAGAAACAUCACAAUUCAUCCUUGUGAAACAUAAGAUCAGUGUCUUUGUAGUGUUUUGAACCUACAUUUGAUGAAUUUUGCCUCUGUAAUGAGACCAGAACAUAACUGAAGAACAGGCUUAUUGUCAUGAACCCACUGCGAUAUGGAACCACUGUGCCCUUCACGUUAAGACAGCCGAGGGAAGAAGAGCGAGAUGGCCAGAACUACUGCUUUGUGACGCGAGAGCAGAUGGAGAAGGACGUGAAGGAGAACCGUUACCUGGAGCACGGAGAGUAUGAUGCCAACCUUUUCGGCACCAAGAUCGACUCCAUCCAUGAAGUGGUGAAUGCAGGCCGCACCUGCAUCCUGGACGUCAAUCCUCAGGCCCUGAAGCUGUUGAAGACUGCCGAGUUCAUGCCAUUUGUGGUGUUCAUUGCUGCUCCUGAACUGGACACACUAAGAGCUAUGCACCAGGCUGUGAUAGAUGCUGGACUUACUACCAAACUACUCACGGAGAACGAUUUGAAGAAGACUGUGGACGAGAGUGAUCCAAUUUAAUGAUCAAAAGUCAUUGUGACAACACAAAUCACAUUGUUGGCUGCAACUCGUACACUAUGUCACAAUUUCCCCAAAUUUUUGAGGAAGAAGGGAGUUGUUAUUUAGGGCCGAGCAUCGACGUAGUCUGAGCGGAGGACCUUGGCCUCAAUGUUGGGUUACAACUAGCUUAACAAAUUAGGUAUGGCUGUCUAAUGUCCUAGAGCUGACUUCAUAAACUGUACCGGUGCAAAUAUAUCAGAAGGUCAAAAGGUUUCUGCACUAUGUAUUGCUAUUGUGAGCGUAUGAGGGUUUUCCCCUCCCUCUUACCUGCACACAGGGGUGUGGACCAGCAUACCUGGGGCUAAUUCCGAUUGAUUGGGAGAGGCGGGGACAUUACUUAAGCCUGUGACGUGUGGACUCGUUCUGUUGUCUUCUCCUGCUGGGUGUCUGUGGAGAUGUGUCCGGGAGGCGUGCGUUAUGUUUUCACAGCUGCCCUAGGUCAUCAUUCUGCUGUGGUGUGGUAAGGUAAGGGCACUUUCUCCAUCUUUUGUGCCUUUUAUUGUCCUGUGUCGCCGUGUAUGUGGCACUGAUGUGUAUUCUUUCAUAUAGCGACCCUGUCUUGGUCAUGGAUGUCCCCGUGUGGGUGGAUGUAUGCCUGGACUGCUGGCUCUCGGUGUCUCGCUGGACCGGGCUGCAGCCUUGGACAUGCUGUUGUGAGGCUAUCCUGGUGCCACGACUAAAAGGCCAAUAUUCCCCGGAGCGUUCCCCCCACUGAAACCGUUCUUGAUACCGGCUGAAACCGUUCUGGAUUCAGGUAAAACUGUUCUGAUUACUAAAGCAAUCUUGAAACUGGUACAAAGGUGGCUCUAUAUUGUAUUAACUGUUGUACAUAUUGCAUGUGGGUCUUUUCCUUUUUUGUUAUUUUGUUUGCAUCUUCCUUAUUAUGUAUGCUGAUUUAUUGAUUUGAAUUGUUUAUUAUUUUCUUAUUACUCAUCUAUUCACUUCUUAAAGAGCAUAGUGUCAUUUUAAAAAGAAUAUUUAACUAAAUAAAACCGUAUAAUUACCUUAUGGUCUCUGAUCCCUGAUUUUGGUAAAUGGCUUUUGGGAUAGGCCCAAGAAGGGUCAUGGGCCUAUCCCAAGUGGUGUUGUCGGAUGUUAUUUUCCUUGAGUGUCAUAGGACACUCAUUGUUACACUAUGAAAAAGGAAGUUUUCUAAUCAGCUUUAAAUGUCUCAUAACCUCCUGAUUAUGAAGACAAUAUGACAAUUUAGAAUUAGUUUAGUGGCAACAGGAAGUCCUAGAUUGUGAAUUUUGACAUCUUCCGCCUCACAGAUUAACAAAAUCCAUCUCAAAUCUUGAUUAAAAAAUUGUGACAAAAUUCUUAUACGCAAUGUUGGAUUUUUUUAUGAUUAGAAAGUCAUAUAGUCAACGUAUUAUUACAAUGUAUAGUAUGAAAUAAAAUAAAGGGUCUGAUGAGUCUCAGAUCUAUUUUCAUCAAAUAAAAUGGAGGUGGUAUUAGUGAAACGUUGGAAUAAAUAUAUAAGAGAAAACAAUUGUGACCAAUAAAACCUUAUCG